AUGUCGCGGCUACGCUGGUCCGUUCCUCCCGCUGCCAUUGCGGCAUAUACAGCGGGGCAAUGGACGCAGCCUAACAGGCCUCUCCGAAAGUCCCACUUCUCCACAACUUCUGCUCAGUACGACUCCAAUUCGAGAUCGCAAAGCUCCUCAUCCCAAGAGACGGACUCAAAAACCACCGAGGACCAAAAUUCAGUGUGGUUCAAUAUCGUUCAAAAGCUUGAUGAGGUGAAACAUACUGUCGGGGUCCCGGAGUGGGGUGAGCUAGGAGAAGGAAUUACCAACUUUAUUGUUCCUGACUGGGCGCGAUUGUUGCCAGCAACGGCCCAAAAGCUCCAGCGGGAGCUUUCUAUGGCACCUGGAUCAUUGGCUGACGACAUCUGGAAGGAGGCGCAUGACGCUGAUCUCAAUCCCGAAAUUUUGAAAAAUGCAAAGGUGCGAGUGAGCGGAGAACUCUGCGAAGAGGAGAAGGCUUUCCGGGGGAAACGUCAACAACAUGCUGUGAAAGCACUGGCAUCUUAUCUGAAUAUCCCAGUGGAGGAUAUUCAUCCUGAAGAUGUCCCCAUCAUUGCUAUGUGCGGGUCUGGUGGUGGACUACGCGCCCUUGUUGCAGGAACGGGGUCAUACCUAGCUGCACAAGAAGCGGGCUUGUGGGACUGUGUCACCUACACUGCAGGGGUAAGCGGCAGCUGCUGGUUGCAAACAUUGUAUCACUCUUCUAUUUCGGAUAGAAGCUUUCCCAAGCUGGUUGAUCAUCUGAAGAGCCGCCUGAGUGUACAUAUUGCCUUCCCACCUAAAGCGCUAGACCUGCUCACUACCGCUCCAACCAACAAGUAUCUCUUGAACGGAUUUGUCGAGAAGCUCAAGGGAGAUCCCGGUGCCGACUUUGGACUCGUUGAUAUUUAUGGGCUCUUGCUUGCAGCACGACUUAUGGUUCCCCGCGGAGAACUGGGUGUCGUUGACUCGGACCUCAAACUAUCGAGCCAACAAGAAAAUAUCCUCAAUGGAGAGCACCCUCUACCAAUCUACACCGCUGUUCGACAUGAGAUCCCUAUAAAUCAACAAGAUGAGGGCAAGGGGCAUGUAAUGGCCGAGGAAGUUAUUGCACAAGCAAACCGCGAGGCUUGGUUCCAGUGGUUUGAAUUUACGCCAUAUGAAUUCUUUUGUGAAGAACUCAAUGCUGGUAUCCCAACAUGGGCUUUAGGAAGACACUUUGAAUCCGGCCACAGUCAAUCAUCUCCUGAAAACUUCACUAUCCCGGAACUGCGAGUCCCAGGCUUAAUGGGAAUCUGGGGAAGCGCUUUUUGUGCAACCCUAUCUCAUUACUAUAAAGAGGUUCGCCCCUUGGUACAAGGUCUUGCUGGAUUUGGUGGAAUCGACUCUCUCAUACAGGGCAAAAACAAAGACCUGAUUCGAGUUCACCCUAUUGACCCAGCCACCAUCCCCAACUAUGUGAUGGGUAUGAGGGACCAACUCCCCGAAUCCUGCCCAGAGUCCAUAUUCCAAAGCAGUCAUCUACGUCUCAUGGACGCUGGAAUGAGCAACAAUCUUCCGAUUUACCCUCUCCUCCGCCCAGGACGAGACGUUGACAUUCUUGUUGCGUUUGAUGCUUCCGCCGAUAUCAAACGUGAGAACUGGCUCUCCGUUGUAGACGGUUAUGCCAAGCAACGAGGAAUUAAAAGCUGGCCCAUUGGCGCCGGAUGGCCCAAAGAAAGUGAUAGUCUCAAGGAAACAGAAAAGGCACUAAGUGAAUCCCAGAACAUCUCAGACGAAAAGGCAAACCAGAAACUCGCAGACGCUCAAAGUCAUCCCGAAAACCAACUCGACCCUUCAAAGAAGACUGGCUCUGCCAUCUCAGAAUCUGAACUUGGCUACUGCAAUGUCUGGGUUGGUACGACUGAGGAACGAACUUCGAAAAAGGAACCCCCUCCAUCUAAGCGUCUUUUCCAUGCCGAAAGUACAACCGAUCACUCCGACUCAGAAUUUCAUCUAAUGCGACCAGAUGCCGGUGUCGCUGUUGUUUACUUCCCUCUUCUUCCUAAUCCUUCUGCUCCUGAGCUUCCUCCUACUCCUAAGACACGCCCACUAGCAGCUGCUCAGUCCAUGCAGAAUGAAUCAAAGGAAGGGGAAGAUCAAGGCUCUACCCCUCAACCUAAUACGAUUGAUCCGGACGUGGACGAUUUCCUAUCUACCUGGAACUUCGUUUAUACCCCCGAGCAAAUCGACUCUGUCGUUGGAUUGGCCAAGGCGAAUUUCUCCGAGGGCAACGAUCAGGUGCGCCGCGUUGUUCGUGCAGUUUAUGAACGCCGAAAGGCCGAUCGGUUACGCCGAGAAGAGGAAGAGUCUCGCAAACGCAUGGAAGGAUUUGUACCUUUAUAG